AUGGUGCGCAAGCAGCAGAGAAGCAGUAGUGGUACCACAAGAUGGGCUCCCACGCCUGACCAGAUUAGGAUGCUCAAGGAACUCUACUACAACAACGGAGUUAGGUCCCCAACCAUUGAUCAGAUCCGGUGGAUCAUAGCCAGGCUGAGGCAGUGCGGUAAGAUCGAAGGCACAAAUGUGUUAUAUUGGUUUCAGAACCGCAAGGCUCGUGAGAGGCAGAAGAAGAGACUCACCACUACUACUGAUCACAUCCCCAUGCAAAGAUCAUCAUCUGCUCUUACUGUUGGAAACAACAGUACUAUUGCCUUUCACGACAAGUACCCUAACAUGAUCAAUCCUUCCAACCCUGCUGCAUCCGCCUCACGGCCACCCUGCAGCUCUUCUCGCCUCACAGCCACCCAGCAGCCCUCUGGCAACCACCCAGCCCAACUUCACCCUCUCCCUACCCACACAACCCUCACGGCCACCCAGCUGCUCUUUGGCAACCACCCAGCCCAGCUCCACCCUCUCCCUUCACAAUUCUCCUCCAUGAACCAGCAACAGAACCGAGACCUCCCUCUCCACAACUCCUCAAGCAACACAACUGCCACCACUGUCUGGCUGCCAAACCACUCGUGA